AACAAAAUAACAGGGUGGGAAUGGGAAUAUACAUACCAAUAAUUGACUACUCUUUUUCAGCAAGAUUAAACGAUUAUACAAACAUAUGUGACGCAGAAAUCAUUGCAAUAAAUGAGGGUAUGCGAAUUUGUAUUCAAAAAAACUUACACAAAAAUAUAAUAUUAACAGAUUCUAAAAGUGCAAUAGAAAGAAUAAAAAAUAUGGAUUCAACAGCAAACAAUGAUUUUAUUACAUUAAACAUAAAAGAUAAAAUAAGAACAAAUACAAAUAAUAAUAAAACAUUUAAAAUAGCCUGGAUACCAGGUCAUCAACAAAUAGAAGGUAAUGAAAAAGUUGAUAAUUUAGCAAAAAUUGGUAACCACCUUAAUAUUCCGCUGGAUAUUAAAAUAGAUAAAAAAAACUUUAUACCCCACAUAAAACAAAUAAUAAGUACAUCAUUUUACACCCAAUGGAAACACGAAAUUCAAAACAAAGGUAAAAUGUAUUUUAGGGUCCAACCUGACUAUCCAACAAAACCAUGGUACACAAAAAUACCAAAUAUGGACAGAAGACACAUAACAAGUAUCAUUAGAAUGAGAACAGGACACUGCAGUUGUAAACAACAUUUAUAUCGCAUAGGGGUCAGUGAUAGUCCAAACUGUGAAUGCGGACAAAUAGAGACAAUAAAUCAUAUCUUUUUAGAAUGCCCAAUCAACAGUAUCCCCGGACAAGAUUUAUAUCAAAAAUUUAUUAACAACGGAAUCAAAGCACCGUUCGAUAUGUUUACAGUACUUAGGAAUUUAAAUUUAAAAAUUAUUAAGGACAUAACACAAUUUAUGCUACACAAUCAAAUUAAAGUAUAAAAGAAAGAAAAGGUAAUUGUAUCGUUUAAAGACAAACCCUUGUAUCAUUCACCCUUGUAUGUGUCUUUCGUCUAAAUUUCUAUCUGUGAUAUGUGAAAAUACUAACAAACCUACACCGACUACAACAGACAAAAGACAGCAAAAAGUAAUAAAGAGAGCAAAAGAAGAAGAAAGUGACACAAUAAGGAAGCAGUCUGCAUAAAAGCAGGACAACUGCAACCCCGGACGAAGCGACUGUUACAUAAGUGACGUGUAACAGAAGGAGAACUGGCUAAAUGCGCCUCAACGGAAGCAAGGGCCAACCAAACGGAGAGAGAGAGAGACAUUUCUUUUGCUAGUCUGCUAACCCAGUUUUUUUGUUAUGAUUUUGAUGUUUUACUUUAAAUCAGUGACGUUUGACGAAGUUUUUCCCGUUAUGAUAUACUUUCGCCCUCCGAAAUGUUGAAAGAAAGCAUUAAAAUUCGAGUUGCCGUAUGAAAAUAAAUGUCGCAAUGACAAUGGAACAGUUUGCAUUAGAUCCAUAUGAACAACAGUUACUGAAAGUAUUUGAUAGCCAUGACAAAGAGAACUGUGGCAGCCUGGAUAGAGAAGGCCUUGUACAAUUAUGUCAAACUCUUCAACUUGAAGAGCAGGGUAUAGAGUUAGUGAAAUGUCUUUUGAAAAAUAGAAAUUCGAGGGCUACAUUUUCAGAGUUCAAAGAUGCAUUACUGGCUUUGUUGGGUAAUAUGCAAAGCAGUAAAAAUUCAAAAAAUGAAGAAACUGUUGACAAUUGUACGAAAACUUCUCCUGAGCGAGAAGUUUCUCCAAAAUUUGUGUAUGGUUCAAAGAAGUACGGUCGCAGGUCACGCCCUAGAAACGAUGAAGUAACUAGCAUAUAUAAUGAGCAAAAUGAUAUCAGCCUGAAUAAAAGCCAGAACAUCGUAUCAGUACAAAGAUCUAACUCUCAGUCUGAAGUAUCUUCAAAAAAAAGAAAAACGAAUUAUAAGCUUAAGAGAUGUACUUCUCUCCCAGGCAGUAAUGAUGUGCUCAUAAGCAAUACUACAGAUAAUAACUGUCACAUGCUGUCCAGUGAACUUGAAUUAGUUUGCACAGAAGAAAUGCUUCGUGAGGCUUGGAGAAAACUUGGGGUAGGUGAGGAUGGGUAUUUGAAUAGAACUGAACUUAUAUUGGUAUGUGAUGCGAUAGGGCUCCAUAAACUAGCAGAUGGCGUUAUAAGACAGUUAUCACAUAAACUUAAUAUUAAUUGUAAUCACAAAAUCAGCUUUCAAGAGCUUUUGACAACAUUGCAGCAAGAUGAAACUUGGUUCGAAGUACUUAAUCAAAGCCCACUUAACAGCAAUGAUCCUGUUAUACAUCAGUCAAACAGUACUAGUUUUCCUGAUUCUCGUACAUUCCAUUUUAUCACCUUAGGCCCUGACGGGAAUGGGAUCAUCAAAACAGAUGUUUUAAUUGAAAUGUGGGAGAGUAUUGGAGUACACUCUCCAAAAGAACUGUUACAAGAACUUGGUUUCAAUUGCAGACAGAUAAAAAUUGUAGAGUUGGCAGAAGUUUUGGAAAAACAGAUGAAAAGUAUCCAUGAAGCAACCAGAACUGCAUUUCAAAAUCCUCAUAUCACCCUAUUACAAGCAAAUUUAACUUUGUACCAAUCAGAAAUAAAAACUUUGAAAAGCAUUUUAGAGCAAAUUCAAGCUGAACGUGAGAAACUAAAAUGUGAUGUUUCUGAAGCAAAUAACAGGGCAACUCUUUUGGCUCAGGAAGUUGACGACAAUCAUUUGAGAAUGGAACAAAACACUCUCAAUCAAGUGAAGUUGUUGGAACAACGACACUCUGAUAUAUUGAGAGAAGUUACUACACAAUUUUCCAGAGACAAAGAGCAGCUUUCUAAUAUCAAUCAGGGUCUUGAAAGUAAAAUUAUCAGCCUAGAACAGGAAGUAACAAAAAUAAAAAAUGAUCUUCUUGUUGCUCAAAAAUAUUCCCUAAAUAUGGAAAAAGAAAACCAUUUUUUGUCAGGUAAAAUUGUUGAGUUGGAAAAAGAUAAAUCCGUUUUAAAUAACCAAAUCGAAAUCCUUGAAAAUGAAAAACAAGAACAUAGUGAGAUGGAACAGGAGGAAAGCAAAUUAUUGUUGGCAAAAUUAUCUGUUUUACAAUUGGAAAAUUCCCAGUUGAAAGAUCGAAACGAUGAGAUGGUUUCCGAAAUUGAAAGUUUGUCGAACCAGAUGGCGACUAUGAGAAUGAAAGUUUCUAGUACCCCAACACUCAGCAUGAAUCCUUUGGACCAGUCAAUGGAGGAAAAUAUUUCAGUUAUUUGUGAAGGAGUUGGAGUUGGUGCAAAACGUAGGAGUGACUAUUCACCUAGUAAAGAUUCCAAACUCUUCAACAUUACUGAUGGUAGUCCCCGAUUGGGUAAGAUUAGGAAGUUUUACAACAUAAAACAGGAUAACCUCGAUGUUCCAUUUGCGUCAAGUGAGAGUGGAUUCGAUACAGAAGUGGAUUGCUUUGAUUCCUCUUCCUCACUUUCUACAGAUGAUAACAAGGAGAUAACGCGGUUGCAAGCUAAAAUAGCUUUUCUCGAACAAAUUUUGAUACAGAACAAAAUCCCUCUUCCAGUCGUUGAGGCUGAGGACCCAGAAUUACUUUCGGGCGCAGACUUAUGUCAUUUAGUUGUUAGAGUAAAACAACUGGAAAAGAUUAUCGAGAUAGUUAGAAAAGAUAUGAAAAUGAUGAUAGAAAAAGGCACUAUGAACAGCGAUAGUUUGAGAAAAGUGUCUGUUAAAUUGGAACAAACAUUUUUAUCGGGAAAUGUAAAUGAAGGCAGUUAUGACUUAGAAGAAAAGAAAAAGAAAGGUGUUGAUGUUGGAGCACAAACAGAUUUUCUUGAAUUAUUUGAGGAUAAAGUGACCAAACUAGAGUCUGAAAAUAGAGAACUUUGUACAAAGUGUAGUGAGUUGGAGAACUGUGUUGAACUUUUGAGAAACGAAUAUGAGAAGUGCGAGGACUAUUGGCAAAGCAAGGUGGAUGAGGAACGUCAAAUGUUUGAAGCUGAACAAAAAAUCAACAGUGACAAACUGUCGGAACUAUUUUUAAAAAUGAAAGAUUAUGAAGAACAGUAUGCAAAUCAAGAACUCGUUGACAAUCGCCUACCAACAAUUGAAGAGACUUACAACUUGGAGAAGCAAUUUACAGAUUUGGAACAGGAGUUUGAACUUUACAAGGAGCACAGUGAAUCAGAGUUGCUGCGAAAAGACGAACAAAUAGAGAUAUUAAAAGAGAAAUUGACUCAGCUAGCUUUGAGACAGCAAGAUCUCAAUGAAGCUGCUGUUCAAGUUAACAUAGAAACUGAAGAAUCCAGAUUAUUAAAUAAAAUGAAAAAUCUUUCGGGUUACGUAAUAGAAAGCAGCAACUUUUUUCCUGAAGAAAUUAUUCCUCCAACUACACAAUCAACUCCUAAAUCACCACCGCCUAAUAAUUUGGAAUAUGUAAACCAGUCUCUGAUUUGGAAUCAGCAACCUAAUCCUCCAGAAAAUACUGAAAGUUCCCAGUCUUUGCCUGUGAACUGGAAUUUCACAAAUGAUACGAAGAUACAAUCAAAUGCAUCUACCUCAUCAAGUUCAACCUGCCUAGAUAACUCAACACCAUGUGCACCAUGCAGGCCUAAAAGGACACGAAAGUAUGAUAAAAAUUUAUAUAAGAAAAAUAAUCAAGACAAAGAUGUGAAAGAUAUUGAAAUAGACAAACGACCACAAAUGGACUCUAAAAAUUUCCAGAAUUCUAAUUGUAAUCCCGAACAAUCCAUAAUCCUUCCUUUGAGAUCGUUUCAAAAUUUGAACACGAGGCGAAAUCAUCUAGAGCAGAGAGUGAGGCAUCUACAGAUUUGUCUGAAACAACAACAUUUUCGCAAUGAACAAACUUUACAUCAUUACUGGGCUCAGUUCAAAGGUGAAAGAUCAGACCUCCAUUCGAAGCUAAAAUAUUUCCAAGACAAGUUGGAACAACAAGUGAGAAUUAGUAAGGAACAACUAGACAAGUUAGAGAGUACUGACCUGCUCGUUAAGGAUCUCUUUGUUGAAAACUCAUACCUUCUUGCCACUGUUCAAAGACUGGAACUACAGUGUACUAUGUUAACGAGUCUUUGCAAUUCAAGUUCUGUAUAGAAUCAUCGUUCAAUAGUUUUCAAUCAGAUUAUUUCAAUGGAUUCUUUGAGUAUACUCUCAAGUGGUAAGGAGAAAAGAAUGAAAUUUGCUCAUGUGGUGAAGGUCUUCAAUAAUUUGAGACUUACCUUCAUAUAAAACUGGGUGUCUAUUUCAUGAUGCAUUGCAAAAAGAAUUAUACUAUUCAAGUUGAUGAUUAAAUAAUGCAGUUUAUGCAAUAUGGAGGAAUUUAAAA